AACAUUGUAAAAGAAUUUAUUCAACCUGAAACAGACAAGUCUUCUAAAGAGGAUGAAGAAGAUAGUAAGGAGGAUGAGAAACUUGAGGAGGAAAAGGAAGAAGAGAAAGCAGAAGAGAAACCUUCGGUAUCUGCAGCGGAAGAAAAACUCAUUCGAUUCAUUGGAAAAGAUGAAAAUGUUCAUUCCAAACCUCUAUUUGGAACAGAUUUGUUGUCUUCCUGGAGAGAAUCAGCUAAUCAAGGUACACUGGCCCCAAAGUAUCUUGAAGCAAUGGCCAUAAUUGAAUGCAUGCAGGAAAAGUUAAUGGAGGUUGAAAGCAGAGCCAGAGAAGCAGAGGAGAAGUUUGAGGAUGUAAAUGAGAAACUACAUUACACCCUUAUAAGAAAUAAAGAGCUAGAGGAAACACUGAUGAAGUUUAGAGAGAAGGAGCCUGAAGAAGAAGAAAAAGGCAGAGAAAGAGGAGAAGAAGAUGACAAAGAAGAGGAAGAAGAAGAAACCAGGCCAGUAGAAAGUUCCUCAAAAUCUCUAAAGGAAGAUGCACAGUGCAAGGAAGGUCCUCUCAACACUAAAUCCAGAACCCAGACUAAAUCCAAUCAAAAGAUCAAACCCGAGCAGAACCCAUAGGGUGUGGGGUUUCUCCAUGGCCCCCUCUACAGAUACUCCUGUGCUACUGAGCAGACAUUGUGGGUUGAUUGGAGGGACUCCCUUUGCAGCAGCUACUAGGCCAG